AUGGAUCACCGCCUCAAAACACCCAUGUACUACUUUCUCAAGAACCUGUCCUGGCUGGAGAUCAUCAUCACAACAACUGUCACACCCAAGAUGCUCAGCCUGUUCAUCUUACAGAACAACACCAUGUCUUUCUUUGCCUGUGCUCUGCAAGGAUAUAUCUACUUUGUGGCUGGUACUUCUGAAGUUCUCUUGUUGGCUGCUAUGUCAGUAGAUCGCUACAUGGCCAUCUGUAACCCGCUGAGAUACACCUCUAUAAUGAGAGCCCAAGUCUGCCAGCUGAUGGUACUGUCUUGUUGGUUGUGCAGUUUCUUUUCUAUAACAGUAUCUAUGGUUCUGAAGGCUGGACUGCCUUUCUGUGGCUCCAACGUUAUCGAUCAUUUUUUCUGUGACAGUGGUCCUAUGCUGGAGAUGAUUUGUGCUGACAUUCGCUUUCUCCAAGCCUUAGACUUGGCUGUCUCCUGCUUUAAUCUCCUGAGCUCUGUAUCUGUGACAACUAUCUCCUACAUCUGCAUCAUGGUUACUGUGAUGAGGAUUCCCUCUGCCAAAGGCAGGAAGAAAGCCUUUAAUACUUGCAGCUCUCACAUCACUGUAGCAUCACUCUAUUAUGGUAGUUCCAUGUUCAUCUACAUCAAGCCAGCUGGCAAAACCUCUAUGGAUUUUAACAAGGUGGCCACAGUACUUAAUACAGUGGUAACCCCUUUGCUGAACCCCAUCAUUUACACUUUCAGGAAUAAGGUUGUGAAAGAGGCUAUGAAAGACACAAUUGGGAAAAUGAGGGCUGGUUUUCAAAAAUGA